AUCCAGAGCUGCAUAUUUGGGAUUCCCUGUGCCUGAACGUCUCUGGACCACGCACGUCAUAGUCAUACAUCGCACCUUCAUCCAUACACGACUUGCAUGCACACCGCCUAAGCGAGGCCGUCCCACCCGAGACAUCGCAUUCCAAUGUCUGCUCUCGAACCCGACUCCGACGACAUGGACUACGGCACGCCGCCUGCAUCUCGUCACCUCCGGCCUCGAACCCCCGGCUCACCGCAGACGACCCGGGACAGUCUAUACGACGCUACGUCUACGAUCGACGACCUCACACAAGCACUGGAGAACGUCUCGCGGGUCGCCUCGCCGGAACCUCCGGAGCUGUUUUGCUGCUGCUGUGGACAGGAUGACUGCGAGAACCUGCGGGCUUGGACGGCGACAAAGUCGAGGUUGCAGAGUCGGCUGACGUUGAGCGCUGAGGUCGGUCAGGCUUUGCUUCAGCGACAUGAAGCCUAUGUGCGACGGGUUCAAGGCGAGCAAUUCGAAGCGCAAGAAGCGUCGGAGGAUGAUCUCGAGAAACGCGAGAAAGUGGCUACUGCAGCCCAGGACCAUUUGGACCAGCUUGUCAAAGACAAUCAGGCACUGGAAAAGCGUCUCACCCGGGCCCUAGUCAAUAACGAGGUUACAGAAGUAUCGAACAAAACUAUCCUCCAGGAGCUCGCCGAAGCCAAAACGACGAUAUCGCGCCUGACUACGUCGGCUGCGCGUUCUGUGGGAUGGGACACCCGACUCUCCGCUGCGCUGAAGGAAAAGGAGGAUAUGCAGCAGGAACGAGACAGCGAAUCACAGCGGGCGAGACUGGCAGAAUCCCGUUUCGCUGCUCUCAAGGAGCGCACAUCCAAGCUUCAGAGCGAAGUACGACGAUUGCAAACGGCGCUGGAGGAACGCCGUGAACAUCGGCUGGAAUCGUCGGAGACGAUCAUUAUGGACGCUCGUGCAAGAUUGCAAGCGUUGCAUCGCUCCGUUGGUGCGCCUGUAGAGCAGCCUGAGUUGGCUGAGGUGUUAGAGACACUUGUGAACGACAGCGACACUCUUAAGCGGGACAAUGCCGAACUGCAGACUUUGCUGGCGGACGCGCGCGAGGAUUGUCGAGCUUUGCAGGAAGAACUAGAGGAUCAACGGGUCAAUCCGCCACCCAGAAGUGGUGCAGCCACGCCAUCGUUCUUGAGGACUCAUUUCCAUACUGGCAGCGUCCCUUCUGUUAUGCUCCCACCGGGGCAUGCCUUCAAGCGCAGCUCCAGCGCCGAGAGGCGCACUUCGCGGCGCUAUGUUCGUGUUUGGGUUCUUCUCCUCCUUCCGUUCACUGUUGACGGUGCGUUAGGAACCCAUGACCCCGGAAACGAAUCGGCGCCCACUUUCGCCCACCGAUUCACUUGCGAAUUCGGAAUCCAGAUGGCCGCAUUUGGGCGGACGAUAUCCGAUUUCUCCAUCGCAUGCCAGUUUCGAAGACGUGCAGGACACAGACUCGACGCUGGAACGCCGAUCAUCCCACCGACCGCUGUUCCUCCUUGCAAGGUCACGUGGUGUACAGACAGAUCCAGUCGCUCCACUAGGACUGGUCCAUCCCCCAUCACAUUCACCAUCUUCCGACUGAAGCGACAGCAGAUCCGGGGUGCUGAUGUUGGCCAUCUGUCGCGCACGACUGUGGCGAGCAUCAUGACCGAUGUGCACAAGCAGCUUCGGGCAGGCGGACUGCAGGACGAGGACAUGCGUGCUGGGCGUCGCGAUGUCCGCUCGUUUAUGGCUGUGACUCGGGAGCUGUUUACCACCUUGGGCGAGCUCCGGGUCCUGCUCAACGAAGUGGUGCUCGAUCCUGCCAGUGCGAGUCGGAUCAGUGAGGCUGCGAUGGACCCCGGCAAAGCCCGCGACGAACAUCCGUCAGGACCCGCCACUUGGUUCACCAAGUUUCUUUCCGGGGUCACGCCCAAACAGGAUGUGGACAGGAACGGAGCGAUCUCACCACUGGCCGCGCCGAGGCCGAUGAUUGGAAAGUUUGUCCCCAAAGGUCCUGCACUGGCUGCCUCAGCGACCACUGUCAACGUUGAGGUUUCCGGUGCUCGAUCCGUGGCAAGCAGCACUUUCGAUGCAUCUUCCAUUCCAUCACGCGCCGGUAGGAUGACUUCUCCGGCACCAGGCGUUAUGGACAUCUUUGCCGGCGCUCCACGAUCAAAGACGCCUGAUCCCUGGAUCGUCGUUGGUCAUCCCAAGCUGUCUCGGAAACCGUCUGCUCUGCUACGUCCCGGUCCACCGGGAUCGCGCCAUCACCCCAACAGGAUGUCGCGCAAUGUCGAUGCGGUAUUGGACGGUGUGGACACCCCAGCACAUCGAGAGGGCGAUCAUGACAACUCAGACGAUGCCGCUGCUGACGAGGAGCCGGACUAUCUGGGUCCGCUGUUGCACCGGACAUUGCGGAGACGGGGACUGUCCGAUUCCUCGAUACAUUCUACAUUCGUGUCACAAGCUGCGGCUGACAACGAGUCCUCUACUCGGGAGGCAGCUUGGCUCGAGGGCGGUUCUGUGCUCCAGGCAUUGAGCAAACGAGUCCAGAGCUUCCGUAGUGGUUUGGGCGGUGGAAAGGAGAGCGCGGACAUGCCUCCUCCAGCAGAACCGACUGCACCGGUGACCAUCUCACGAUCAAACACUCGACGUUCCUCGCGCUCUUCUACGAAUCGUACCGCGGAAGAUUCCGGCUCGUCGAGAAUAACGUCUUCCUCUAGUGGAUUUGGUUUCCUCGCUAAUUUCGUGCCCGAUUCUAGCGAUGUCGCGCGCAGUUUGAGAGAACAGGAUGCGGUGUUGUCGAGAAGCUACCGCGCUGUAGAUCGAGCUUUCCGCUCUCCCCUUCCUCUCGCCGCCAUGGCCAUCGACGGACUGAUCAUUCUCGACAGCACUGGCCGACCCAUCAUCCAGUCCGGGUUCCGCUCCACACCUCCUGCGUUUCCGCUGCUGCACACCGACGCCUUCAACACCGCCUCGUCCAAGACGCACCGUGCCGGAGACAUUGAGCCCGUGAUCUAUGUGCCGCCGAUGAACGUAGGCGAUCCGCCCAGCGCAUGCUGUCAUGUCGAGAUCGGGGACAUGAGGAUCUUAUGUCCCGUCAGUGGGGAGGUGGACCCUCUCUUUGCCUUUGCUUUCCUUCAAACCUUCAUCGACAUCCUGCGCGAGUACUUCGGCGCGCUUUCCGCCGCGACUCUAAAGGACAACUUUGAUGUCGUGUAUCAAUUACUGGAAGAGACGUUGGACUCUGGGGGCCACCCAUCGACAACGUCUCCCAACGCUCUGCGAGACAUCGUCCUCCCUCCGUCGCUGUUUUCGAAGCUCUUGAGCGUCGCAGGCGCAAACAUCAACACUUCGUUCAAUUCUGGUGCGGUCGGCGGUCCGUUUUCCUCCCCGAUUCCGUGGAGAAAGGCCGGGAUGCGCUAUAAUAGCAACGAAAUCUAUUUUGAUAUGGUCGAAGAGCUCAAGGCCAUUGUCAACAAGUAUGCAAGCUUCAAGAUCGUUCAAAUACCUGCUGACCUGUUCUCCAGAAAUGGAACGACGUUGACCAGGACUUUUGAAUUGAAGCUGACUUCCCGCAUCCCCGGCCAAUCGAUGGAAUCCCUGGUGGCAGAGAUGUAUCUGGGAGACGGUGCCAGCGGAGUGAAAUGCGUGACUUCUCGAGGGGAUAGCGGACGCCGUUUCAAUGAAGGGAUGCCUGCUGGGUCGGGUAAUGGAUCGUGGACGUAUGACUCAAGGAAAGCUAUUGUGCGGUGGGAGAUACCGGUGGUGCCGCCCUCUAGCGUUUGGACUUUGCGGGGCUCCUUUACAUCGCCUUCCGUUCCACGUCCAGCACACGCUGUCCAAAUCCGAUUCAACAUCACAUCGUACACGUUUUCGGCGCUCAAAGUGGAUCAAUUGAAGGUCACCGGAGAGACUUACAAGCCUUACAAGGGUGUCAGGGGUCGUUCUUCCGGCAAUGUGGAAUGGAGAUGGGGCCUGCCUGAUGAGCAACAACAGGCAGUGACUGCCAACUGGUCUGCUCUUACCAUGUCCAGCGAUGUACUCGCUGAGAUUGCCGGGGUGAAGCCCAAGACGUUCCUCGCAGAUGGCGAGGAUACGGAAGUCAGCUCUAUGUCCAGCAACCUCAAGUACAAAGUCAAGCGAACCUGGGACCACUAUUACUGCGUCUGCCCGGCGUGGCGCAACCAGGGUGGGAUCCCUGUUGAUGCGCGCACAUGCAAACACCUCCGGGAGCUCUUUGGGGAUGAGUAUGAGGCGGCGCGUCUGAAGUGGAAGAACCCAUCCGGUCCCGGACUCCCUGGAUCGAAGAAGCCUGCGUCCAAAGCGAAACCUGCGUCCAAGGCGAAACCUGCGUCCAAGGGGAAGCCUGCAUCUAAGGCUAAAGCCAAGACCGGGAAGCGGUGUAGGGAUGAUGAAGACGACGACGAAGAUGAGGAGGAUGAGGAUGAGGAUGAGAAGCCUAAGAAGAAGGCGAGGAAGAUCAAGAAGGAGAGCAACGAUGACGAUUCGGAGGAUCAGGAGGAGAAGCCUGCGAAGAAGGGUAGGAGGAAGAAGAAGGCAUACAGCAGCGAUGAGGAGGCUGAAUCGUCUGAGGAAGAGAAACCCAAGAAGAAGCAGGGAAAGAAGAGGAAAGUGAGAUCAAGCGAUGGGGAGUCCUCAGAGGAUGAGAAGCCCAAGAAAAAGAAAGCUGCGAAGGGAAAGAAGCGACGGGCCCCGGAAACUGAAUCUGAAUCGGAGGAGGAAGUCAAGCCCAAGCAGAAGAAGAAGACUUCGAAGAAGAGGAAACAUGAGACCAGCAGCGAUGAGGAUUCGGAAUCUGAGGAUGAGAAACCUAAGAAGAGAGGAAAGGCUAAGGCUAAAAGGAAGACGAAGACUGCGAAGAGGGCCGCGCUGAAGCGCAGUCCCAAAAAGGGCAAGAAGGUGGACAGCGACGACGAGGACGAAUCGGCGUCGGAGGUUGAGAAACCGAAGAAGAAAGCGGCGAAACCAGUGUCGAAAGGUCUUGGCCGGACGGCGAACGACGACGAGGACACUAAACCCAAGUCCAAGAGCAAGAAGCCUGUCUCCAAACGCAGUGUUAAAGUUGACGACGACAGUGACGACCCAGCUCGAGUCAAGGGCGUUCCCGAGUUAUUGCUCGCAAACAAGUGGGAUAUUGAAAUCGGGCCGGACCCGACAGGAUGGUGGGUGUCCGAGAAACUGGAUGGUGUCCGGACUUUCUAUAACGGAAAGGGAAUGGUCAGCCGACUGGGAAAUCCGUUCACACCGCCGCAGUGGUUCCUUGACAAACUCCCGAAAGAUAUUACCCUUGAUGGAGAGCUUUUUGGCGGGCGAGGCAAAUUCCAGGACACUGUCUCGAUCGUCAAGACUAUGAAUUCGCCGCAUUGGAAGGAAAUAACCUUCCAGAUCUUCGACAUUCCUUCCGAUAAAGGCGUUUUCGAGGACCGGGUCGCCCAUCUGAAGACUUUAUUCGGACCCGGUGGCAAAUGGGAGUGUGCUGAGGUGAUUGUCGUUGAGCAGGAGAAGCUCAAGAACCGCAAGGAUGUCUUGGAUAAGCUUAAAGAGAUCGAGACCCUUGGUGGAGAAGGCCUGAUGCUGCGCAAGCCUGGCUCCAAGUACGAAGGUCGCCGCUCCAGUACGUUGCUGAAAGUCAAGACCUUUUAUGACGCCGAGGCCGAGAUAACCGGCUACAAGCCUGGCAGCGGGAAGCAUACCGGUGUCACGGGUGCUCUGAAGUGCAAGAUGGCUUCUGGAAAGACAUUCAAUGUCGGGAGCGGCCUGUCAGACAAGCUGCGCAAGGAUCCACCUAAGAUUGGGACCAUCAUCGUCUACAGAUUUCAAGAGCUGACCCGUGACGGUGUCCCUCGAUUCCCUACGUAUGUGGGUGAAGCUAUUGACAAGAAGAAAGCGAAAGAUGCGGUUCUUCCCGCCCAUCGCAAAAUAAAUUCCAAGGACAAUGACUGAUACCGCAACUCCAACCAGUUAAUCUGAGGGAAUACCCUCAUCUUUAUCUAUUUAUCUCAUGUACCUGUUAGUGCAAUCUAUGGCCGGACUUCCGCCUUUAAA